AUGCUGGUUAUCACAGUAUUCCUCUUUGUUUUUGGCUGUGUCACAUGCCAGGAAUUACCAACUUAUAACCUGUUAGAAGAGUUCCACUUGUCUGAGUCGAGAGGAGUAAGAAGGGUCGAUGGGUCCAAACCUGAUGCGAUAGCAUACCGCGUUAACCCCUCCCUGCACCUCAAGAAGAGCAUGAGGGAUGUCUACGCAGAUGGUCUACCCUCAGACUUCUCCAUCAUGGCUACCUUCAAAAUGACCAAAGAUGCAAUUAAAACAUCCUGGAAUCUGUGGCAGGUCAGCGACCCUGAAGGCCAGGAUCAGGUGGGCCUGCGUUUUCAGGGUGACACUCAAACCCUGGACUUCUUCUACACCAGCCUGCAAGGCGCUCAGAUGCUGCAAACCUUUCAGAGGGUGGAGAAACUCUUUGAUGGUGAGUGGCACAAGCUGGCACUGAGCGUGAAGGGAGAGCAUGUGAAGCUGCUGGUAGACUGCGAGGAGGUCAGCGUGGAGCCACUGGACGAGCAGCGGCCAGUCAUCCAGCGAGGGUUUACCUCCAUUGUAAAGAGGGCUGUGGGUGACCGCUCUGUCUCAGUGGAUCUGCAAAAGAUGGAGGUCUCCUGUGAUGCUGACCAGGCAUACUCUGAAGGCUGCUGUGAACUCUCCAGUGUGUGUGGAGGAUAUGCUGAGAUUGGUUUAACUGCAGGCAGAGGAAGAGCCACCUGUAAAUGUGUACAUGGACAACCAGGUGUCCAGGGACGUCCAGGACCCAAGGGUCACAGAGGUCUGCCGGGGAAUACGGGAGAUCCAGGCAGAGUGGGCAAUUGGGGGCGACGUGGAAACACUGGAGAUUAUGGACACAUAGGAGAACCUGGGCCCAAGGGUGAAGAAGGUAUCAAAGGAGAAAAGGGGAUGAGAGGGCUUCGAGGUCAGGAGGGUGACAGAGGACCCAAAGGCCUGAAAGGGUUAAAAGGAGCUACAGGCCAUAAGGGAGUGCGAGGGCCUCAUGGAGACCUGGGUGAAACUGGCCGGCCAGGGGAAGUUGGUUCAUCAGGAGAAAGGGGAUAUGAGGGGAUUGCGGGAUAUCAGGGAGUGAAGGGAAGUGAGGGCUUACCUGGAGCCGAAGGGUCUCGUGGACCACGGGGUCGCCAGGGGAUUGUGGGAGAUCCUGGUGAGCGAGGAACACCUGGAGAAAAGGGAAAGCCAGGAAUUCAAGGCCAAAAAGGAAGAGUUGGUGGAAUGGGUGGAAAGGGGAUCAUCGGUGAUCCAGGUUUGCCAGGGCGAGAUGGAGACCCUGGUAUUGAGGCUUAUCAAGGACAACAGGGACCUGAGGGCAAAUAUGGACAAGCUGGUGAAAUGGGUGAAAAAGGUGAACAAGGGCCUCCAGGGAACAUGGGCCCUCUGGGACCAAUGGGCCCACAAGGUUACAAGGGCUCCGCUGCAAAGCCAGGAAGACCGGGAUUUAUUGGGCCCCCUGGACGAACGGGGCACAUGGGAUUAUCUGGUAGACAAGGGCCCAAGGGUGACACUGGCAUUCAGGGGGUCCAGGGAAGCAAAGGGGAGAAGGGUGCAAAAGGAGUCAAAGGACCUAAAGGCAGGACUGGAGAUGGGGGUGUGCCAGGAGCACAGGGAGGAAGAGGAAAGCGAGGCCCUGCUGGAGAGCCAGGUAGAAAAGGCAGUGUCGGGUUCAAGGGUGUGAGAGGAGAUGGUGGUCUCGUUGGCUUUCAGGGCCCACCAGGCCCACCGGGCCCCACUUUUCCCGCUCAACAUGUUAUCGAGGUGUGCAAGCAGGUGGUGCUGGAGCAGAUGUCGACUUUUGCUAACUCUGUGAGGAGGACGUGCGCAGCCGUGUGCCCACUCUAUGGAGAGGUGCCUAUGGGUGCCCCAGGUCCCCCAGGACCAAAGGGACCAUCUGGACCUCCAGGUGACCCUGGCAUUGAUGGUUUAAAAGGAGAAAUUGGGCAGCAGGGAUUCUAUGGAGAGCCCGGUGACCAGGGCAGACAGGGCUCACCAGGUGACCGGGGAGAACCAGGGGACAAGGGAGCUAAAGGCUAUGGCCUUCCUGGCCAUAUUGGGGACCAGGGACCAAUGGGUCAGCGUGGGCGUCCUGGCCGGGCAUUUGAGGGGCAACCAGGUCGGAUGGGAGAGAGGGGUCAUGUCGGGCAGCCUGGUUUGAGGGGCCACCCUGGACUACAUGGAGUUCCUGGAGUCUGUCUGACAACUGGAUGUGCUUUACUCAAUGCUACUGCUAAUGCACCACCUCAACAGAUAUCUCAACAGGCACCUCAAUGGGUACCUCAGCAGGGAAAUCAACGGGCACCUCAACGAGCACCUCAGAGGUUUAGGGGACGCCAAUGAAAGCACCCUUGAAGCUCACACAGUGACAUUUGGGUCAAUGUGUGGAUAAAAGUAGGAAAGAAGGAUUAGUAAUUGAAAUUGUGACAUGAAAAGUUAAUUAAUGUAAAUAAAAACUAAAAUUUGUCCUUUAACAUUGUAAAAUGCAGAGAUUUCUAAUGGUUCAAAAAACUUUUAAUAUAA